GUUUGAUCGCUUCCCCUCGCUACUUCGGCUCAUUCUUUCCAUCGACUGCAAUACUUACAUUCUCGCUUGAUACCACGUCUUGCUCUGUCUCCGCAAACGCGCCAAAAAAAAAAAUCCUUUCAACCUCCGCCGCCCUCUGAGGCAGAAAUCACUGAUUGCCUCCGUUUCAUCCCCUCCCACUCAUUUUUUCCCGCGGAGACGAUAGACGCCAGCAACAAUGGCCCCCUCCUUCGUGAGCAUCGACACAACCCCAGACUUCGAUAUGACACCGACUUCCUCAAAGUCCGCCGACAGCGGUAAACGGACCCUCCUCCUCGCACCACCCUCAAUCGCCACCCAAGAAGAUAAACUCCGCACUCUCUUCACAACGUACGAUCGCAGCACAACCGAUCUUCAGAUGCUUGACCGCGUCUCAGCGGGCUUUGUCUCUCUCCCAGCGAACACAUACGAUCUUGUUCUCGUUCUUACAGGCACAGAUGGCACGCGGCGUUCGGAGGCGCUGCAACUGCUCAAGCGAGAGGUCUAUGCGGCUGUUGUCCCGGCCAUGAAGGGCGGUGCCAAGUUACAGACGGAGGACAACUUCUUCGGGGAAGCCGAGGAUCGGGAGGCGGUUCUUGCGGGGCUCGUGAAGAAAGAGACCGGAUUUGAGAAGAUGGAUGUUGGAAACGGGGCUGCGGUGCCGUUGAGAUUGGGAAGGAAGAAGAAGGCUGCGCCGGCUCCGGCCCCGGUUGUACAGCCGCCUCCAAUUAUCAGCUCCGAUGAUAACGAUCUCAAUGACGAUGAGCUGAUCGAUGAGGAUACCCUCUUGUCGGCGGACGACCUCAAGAGGCCAAUUGUUCCACCUCCAGAAUGUCAGCCCAAGGCCGGAAAGCGACGUCGCGCCUGCAAGGACUGCACUUGCGGUCUCGCCGCCCAGAUUGAAGCCGAAGAUAGGGAGCGCCGCGAGGCUGCGGACAAGAGUCUCAAUGUCAUGAAGCUCGAGUCAGACGAUCUGAACGAACUAGACUUCACAGUGCAAGGGAAGACCGGGUCUUGCGGUAACUGCGCCCUCGGCGACGCCUUCAGAUGUGACGGAUGCCCCUUCAUUGGUCUUCCAGCCUUCAAGCCGGGGCAGGAGGUCCAGAUCUUGAAUGACGUUGCCCAGCUUUAAUCAGACGGGGCUUGGUCAAAGUUAAUGGCAUACUUGUUUUGGUUUCUGGCGGGGAUAUGCUCGGGGUUUGUGGAGUUUGCUUUUAUGGGCUUUGAUUUCGAUGAGCUUAGACAAAAUCAUCGUUGAUUGCUGGUUGUUGGCAUUUGGUCUGGUUUCGGUGUUUUUUCUCCUAGAUAAUAAUAUAA